CAAGCGCGUCCGAAUCACGGGACGCAGAUAAAGCGCGUUAUCCUCCCGAGUCUGAGCGGGGCUGCCGGGUUUUCUGGACUCUCUCGGAAUAAAAAGGGACAGGGGAGGUUCGGAUGCGGGAGAAUCUCGGCUGUGUGGCGGAUGAGGAGCCCACGCUGCCGCCUCAGAAGAACAAUAAUCGUGUCUGAUUCUGUUAAAGCUGUUUGAUAUUAUCUGAAGGAGGGGGGGGGGGCGCAAAAAAAGCCCAGCACUCCCGGUUUUCUUUUCCUCAAGCCCAGGACGCAAAUGUCUCCACACCACAGACACACCACUGGAUUGUAGCAGCAGCCCCGCCGAUGCUUUGAACGGGCGUUAAGGUGCGGGAAGGGAGUGGGACAAUUACAGGAUGAGUGAACGAUACACGCAGAUCGGAAGUAAAGGGGCUCUACUUGUAAUGGUGCUUGUGAUCAGUGUCUGGGAGAUGGCCGCACCAACGGAAGCAACUACAGCCUCCAUAGUGGAGCAGAAGUGGUGGUGUCAGAUGCAUCCGUGCCUUGACGGAGAGGAAUGCAAAGUUCUUCCUGAUCUGAAGGGCUGGAGCUGUGCUACAGGGAACAAGAUCAAAACUACUAAGAUUUCUGCGGACAGAGACCAGCUUUGGUAACGUCAGAUGCUUCACAACAGAGUCCAGGUGAACCAACAGUUCCGGUAUUUGUUGGAUCAUCAAAGUGGAAGAGAGUAAUGCAAAGGACCUUUCUGUAAAUAGAGACUUCCUUUCUUCUGGACUGCAAUUAAUCUUUGGAAAACUCUGAAUGCUUCUUCUUGAACUCUAUGGACAUCAAAACGAGGAGUAGAUCCUAUUGAAAGUACUGAUCAUUCAGAGCUUCUUUUUGAAGGACUCCAUGUGAUUAGCCUUACAGGACAACAGGAUUUAUUCUCUGACAUUGUACUGCUUGUAGUGGAAGACAAUGGUGAACUCUGCCUAUAUGUUUAUUUCUAGUAUUUAUGUCAUUUACAGGGGAUUUUGCAUCACACGUUGACCAGGGUGAACAGCAGGUCGGUUUGCUGUAAGCAUCGCAAAUAUUCAACACACAAAAUGUGGUUCUGUUUUAUCAGUCAGUUGUGGCUUUCCUCUCUAACAAAGUGUAGUGUCAAACGUUCAGCUAAAGAUGAAGAUAUGUGGCUGAGGAGCAGAUAUUAAGGGUGAUUUUCAUAAAUACAGAACCACAUUCGACAAUGUGUCAUUUAUAAACUUAACACAGUAAAUAAACUUAAUUCAAUUUGAACUUAGCACAAACCUCCUACACGUUGUUAUGUGUGUAUUAAGUGUUCCAUUCGACCCAGAUAUUGUCGAGAUCUGAUCAAACCUACCAGCUGUUAACAGACAAAAAGUUGGAUCCAGUCGUGGUUUAUUUUUCCUCUGAAAAUCGCUCUGCCAUUUCCUGCCGCUUCUGCCAGAUUUUGUUUUUGUAUCACAGUUCUGGUGUUCAGAUUCUAGACAACAGCAGUGUAAAUUAAACACACAGCAUUUGGUCACCGGCUGGGUGAUGACAAUGAUGUUCCCACAACUGUUUUCAACUAGUUACUCAAGUAUGAUUUGCUGAUCACCUUUCAGUAGGUAUCGCUGACACUUCCUUUGUCUGUGUAAGUGAUGA